AUGUACAAUGCGUUCACGAGACAUAUCGAGCCAGAACUGUUUGCCUGCCUGGAGGAGCUCAACAUCAAGUUCCAUACGUACAACCCGCUUUGCGGUGGUGUCCUGACAGGCUCCUACUCCUUUGACGGCAAUGUCGAGCAAGGAUCGCGUUUCGACCCCAACGCCAAGCAAGGUGCUCGUUACCGCGAAAGAUACUGGAAGAAAGAGUACUUUGAAGCCGUGACGCUCCUGAAACAAGUUGCAACCCCGCACGGCCUGGACCUAAUCCAAAUUGCAUUCGAUUGGCUCCAAUUCCAUUCCAAGAUGAACGCCGCCCGGGGGGACGGGAUCAUCAUCGGUGCCUCGUCGUUGAAGCAUACGGUCCAGAAUUUGGAUGCGUUGAAGAUGGGAAAGCCUUUGCCCAAGGAUGUGUUGGAUGCUGUUGAGCGCUGCUGGGAGUUGACUCGUGAGAGCUCGCCUUCUUAUUUCAGGACCAAGGAUCAGAUGAUGGGCGCUCGCUAA